GCCUCAGCACUUCUGAGCACCGAACGCUGAGUUCAGCUGGGCACAGCCCCGUGGCCGUGUAACCCUUUGCUCGCCGGAUGCAGCGCGUUCCCCUGUGCGGAGCAGCGCCUUCGGGCUGCAGUGCGCUGCACAGAGCAGGAGCUGCGCUGCAGGUGCCCGUCGCAGCCUGCCUGCUGAAGGUGGAAGCAGGAACAGGAGCGCAGGAAUGAGGAAAUGCCCCCACCGCACUCUGCCCUGUGCCCGGCAGCACUGCUGGCGCUGGGGGGGGUCGCAGAGGGUGGGGGAGGAAAGUAUGGCUCUGCCUGGCAUCGAGCAUCAAAACCACGGAAGAGAAGUUUGUUUGACCUGAAACAAAAUGCUCCAUCGCGUUUGUUUGCUUUGUCCCUGCUGCCGUCAGGCUGGGGCUGAUUUCCUUUUUCUUUCAGGUUCACUUCUAGAGCACAAAGUGAGAAGCGGGGAGGCUUCAUUUUGAACCCGCCACGGAAUGGUCAACUUCUGCGCACUCCCCAAAGGAAACGGGAAUGUUGGAGGAGAUUGUUAACCCUUCUGUUGUUUUCCAUGUGGCACGGGAUUAGUAGUGGGGCUCUCCCCAGAGCCCAUGCCCCACCGGUGUGCCGGGCGGAUUAUGGCAGGGCAGUGCGUUGACCUCUGCUCUGCUGGGAAACAGAGGCUCCUGAGAUGAUAAGUGGCUCUGGAAAGAAAUUCCUUUCCCCAUGUGAGGGAGUGGCGGCGCUGGGCACACACACGGGCACGUCUGCACCUCUGCACACACGGGGACCUGACGUGGAGAGGUGAGAGCUGAGGUUCUGUGAGGAGGACACGGUGUGGGCCCUGCAGAUCAGGUCAGUAUGGGGCAGGACGGGGCAGGACGGCCAUACAUUGCUGGCUUGGUGCUGGCCGGCCCCAGCUGAGCAAACACGGCUGGAAGCAGUUCUUGCAGGUGCCUGGAGCAGCUCGGUGUGGGGACACAGCAGCGUAGAGCCAUAUUGGGAUUAUUAGUCCCGGUGGAGUUUGGGGUUUGGAUAUGGGGGUUAUGAGCACACCAGAGAGGAGUAAGUUUGUCUGAGGUCUUUCGUAUUCAGGAGCCAAUGGGAGAAUGAAAGGAGAAAUCACACCAGCAGUCUCUAAGUCUAGCAAAGUGGAUUUGGUGCCAGGAGGAUGCAGCUGUCAGACAGCCCCAGAGAUUGGCAGUGCUGCAUCCCUGGAUGAGGGGUGCUGGGCAGCCCCCACCUCCCACUCAGUGCCCUGGGAGGGACACACAGCUGGCAGCAGCGCUCGCUGGGGCUGCACAGAGAGGGAGGCCCUGGGAGUCAGCAGUGGGCUGUACCAGAUGAGAUCCCACGGCAUUGCUCUGCAGCCUCUCCUAAUCUGGGAGCCUGGGAUGGCAUCAGCAGCAUUGAGGGCUGUGCACGAGUCCUGGAGCUACUGAGGUACAGCGGGAGAGUGCAAUGGGAGCAGUUUGGGCUGCUGGCCAAAAGGAAAAUUACAUUCCAGGUCAAACAUGAGGCUUACCUUUACCUGUAGAGGGGUGGGUUUGUUCCCUAAGUUGUCUAGAUAAACUUAAAAGCACAGAGAUUUCAAAACAACAAAUGAGGACAUCUUUGUUUCAGUAUUGUCCUCUGUGCAGAAGGAUUUGACAGCAAUUUAUAAAUAGAUAUUGCUAAAACAAACAGCACCCUGUGUGAAGCAACAAGAUUGUUAGAAAAGAGGUGCAGCCCCAAACCAGCAGAACCUCACUGCAAAGCUGUGCCUGGCAUCACACAGACUUGGGCUGUGCAAGUGGAACCUGGGCGCUCUGGGAGCCUUGCUGGGAGCUCAGUUCCUCCUUCAGCCCUCACAGUGUCAGUGCAUCUCUAGGUCGACUGCAGGAGUCUUCUAAAUCCGGAGCUUUCUGGGACAUGGUUCAGUGGGAGCAGGCAGCCUCCUUGCCAGGGGCAGAGCAUGUCCCAGCUGCUCACCUUCGUGCCGGUCCUCCUCUGCACUGGAAGGAUCAGUUCAGUGUUGGCAUGCUGGAAAAUAACAGUGGUGUUUGGCACUCUCGCAUUGAGGGCUGCAGCAGGGAGGAGGGAGGAUGAGAAGGAUGGUUGGCAGCCCCAGUGUUUUGGUGUUGCAUGGCAAGCAAGGCAUUGCCGUGGUGGCAAUCAGCUCAUUCCUAAAGGAAAAGUGCAUUCUUAGAAGCCCACUCUGCCUGUGAUUUGUCUCCCUAGAGUUUCUUUUGUGGUGUUUUUUUUUUCUUUCAUGCAGGGGCUGUGUUGACCUUUCCCAGGGAUGCUUUGCACACCUCUGCCACGUGUAGCACACUGAGGCCACCCAGCGGGUCCUACUGUUGUAGCCUGGGGAGGGUCGGAGCGUGUGAGCAAAGAGAGAGCCAGAAUCCACCACGGGCAGCCCAGAGAAGAGUACGCAGCCAUCUGAUCAGUCCUCCUGGGUUCACGCUGGGGUUCAGACAGCUCUGCUGAUCCACAGACCAGCCCCGCCAGCCCUGAGCAAGCCGGCUCUUUGUGCUGCGGAGACGGGCGGCUCGCUGGGCCGUAGCUCUGCCUGUGAGCUGAAGGCAAUGCAGGAGUGGAUGGAGGGCACUGGAGGAGCUGCAGGUGGUGCCAGCAGCACAGCAGCAGCCUGCCGGCUUGGGGCUGGUGGCGAUGCUGGACACAUGGGCUGCUGCUUGGGGGCCCCUUGGCACCAGGACCUGGCGCUGGGGUGCACAGCUGAGGAGUGUGAGUCCUGCUGUCCCCGCUCGCCUCUGCUCCUGCCGCACUGGGACCGCCUGCAGCACAGCACAGCUGAGCGCCGGGGACGAUGGUGGUGGGAGAAGACCAUGGCAUCAGGCAAGGCAGGAGCGACAGGGUCAAGCAGCCCAGCUGAGGCAGCAGAAGGCUCCCCAGACCCCUCCUCAGUGCUGCUGGCAGCUGGGGAGAGCUUUCUGCCAGAGAUCUCACUCUUCUUCUCCAUUGAGAGCCGCUCCUCACGGUGCCCCAAUGCCCAGCUGCAGGAGGCAGCCAGAAGGAAGCUGUGGGCCUUGGAGAGUGACGACAGAGAUGUCUGUGCUCUGUUCAAGGAGCUGUCAGCCAGGCUGCUGUGCAUACAGGCACAAGAAGAUCGGUUCCUCCUCACCUUCAAAACCCUGGAAGAAGUUUGGAAGUUUUCCACGUAUCUAACUUUAGGCUACAUAGGCCGCUGCUUGGAGCAGCUUCUCUUUGAGCAGGAGUACUGGCUGAACUGUGCACUGGUGGAGGACACGGAGAUCAGAGUGUCCAUGGAUGAAAAUCGCUUGGCCACCAUAUAUCUGGGUCUGCUGCUCCAGGAAGGUCACUUUUUUUCCAGAGCAGUGCCUGGUGCAUGCCAGCCAGAAACGGAGGGAGAGGAAGGCCUGCAGUUCUGCAAGAAUGAGCUGGUUCAUGUGAAGAACAUUGGAGAGGAGUCCAAAUGGGAAGGGAUGUCCUUGUUGACAGGCCAACGAAGCCUGGUGCCUGUGACUGCCCUAGAGCCAAUACCUCACCCAUUCUACCAGUGGUUCCUGAAGAAUUACACCAUGAGUUUUGGCAUCUCCAAGGAGAUCAGUGAGUCAACCUCUCAGCCGAUUGUCAAAGGCAAGUGCACAGCCACAGUGGACCACAGAGGAGCAGCAUGGGAUGAACUGAGUUUCUCCAAGGGAGACAGCAUAGAAGUCAUUGGCUUCCUCCUUCCAGGACUCCCGUGGUUUGUGGGCAGAUCUUUAAGCAGUGGGAACAUCGGCUUUGUCCCAGUGCGAUCUGUAAAUGCUGAGCCUUGUGAAUCUCUAGAAAAGGGAUUGAUGUUUCUGAGCGAAGAAGAAAACUUGCCCCUCCUGCGCAUCCCCUGCAAUGGUGGUGAGCAGCACUUUGCCACCCUCCUCGGAGAGCUGGCACACACUGACAUCACCUCUGUGUACCGCCUGGAUGGUUUUGAACCCACAGCCAUGUUCCCGAAAGCGCCAUCAGAGGCUGUUCUCCAUGGCUGUAAGGACACCCAGCUGCUCCAGUCCUGGGAGGAGAUAAACAGCUUGGUCACAGCUAGCACCUCAGAGCAGUCCAGCCCAGGGAGUGAGUCAGCCCCUGCUACAUGGGAAGAUGUUCUCCUGGACAAGCUGAAUGAUUUUGAUGAUCCCAAGUUCUUCAUUGACCUGAAUGCUGGACACAUGGAAGAUGCUGAUGUCUUUGAACCCAUACUGACCUUCCUAAACCAAGACAGUUAUAUGCCCUGUUAUCAAAGCCUCUAUGAUCUCAGUUUCUCCUUUCUCAACUCCACUUUUUAUGGUUUCUCUGAUGAGGAUGAACUGGUCUUGUACCUUGAGACAUCCAGGAACUGGGCCAAGAGGACUCAUUCAGUUUGGGCCCAUGUCAGGCUCUGUUUCCUUUUGGGUAAACUCUGUAUGAAAAAAGUCAAGUUCUCCCAGGCUCGAGUCUAUUUUGAGGAAGCCAUGAGCACCCUGGACAAGGGCCUUGGGGACCUGCCCCUGCUGGCUGCCUUGCACGUGAACCUUGCUUCCAUCUACCUGAAACAGAACAUGAAAAACAAGUUCUUCCCCUUGCUGGGAAAAAUGGUGGCCUUGCUUGUCUGCUUGCCUGGCCGCUCCUUCAGCUCUGAGCACGAGCUGAGGGUCAUGAUGUACGUCCUGAGGGAGGCCAUUGCUGUGGGGAACACUCCUCUGGAAGCACGGGUCUGUUUCCUUAUUGUCAAGCUCUUCCUCCAGCUGGGAAAAAAUGAUGAAGUACUACCCUUUAUUGAGCACCUUCAAUGUCUCUGCACCUCUUCACUCAGCCUGGACGCUAGUGCUGUGCCACUGGAUGCCACCCCCAUCCUGAGCUAUCUGUACGACAAGAAGUACUUGCCAAACAUUGCACUGGCAUCUGCCAGGUCUUUUGUUCCCAGUGGCAUCAAAGGGGCACCAACGCCCAUUUGGAAAGCUGGCUUCAUCCUCCAAAAUGUGUCCAAGCUCCUGGGAAGCCAGCUGGAGAGGAGCAGCAUCCCAGCCUUGGUGUGUUCCUACCUCAAGCAGGCACUGCACUUCUCCUGUGAGAGCAGAGCAGUGACCACCCAGAGGACUCUGUGCACUGUUUUGUCCCGGAUGUACCUCCAGCACGGUGUGCUGGACGGGGCGGUGUGCUAUGCAGCCCAGGCUGUGGUCUUCAGCAGGCUGAUAGGUGAGGAGGAGGCUUUUGAGUCCUCCCUCUCUCUGGGGUGGAUGUACCUUCUGAGCAGCCAACCAGGCCCGGCCGCAGACAUCAUGGGGCAGCUCCUACAUUCUCUGCACGGGACGGACAGUGUGACGCAAGGCGGAGCGGUGCACAACCUCCUUGCCAUUGCCCUCAAAGGAGCAGGGCAGGUGCAGAAGGCCACAGAGAACUACCUCCGUGCACUGCACAAAGCCAAGGAGACUGGGAACAAGAGGAACCAGGCUAUUGCCCUGGCCAACCUGGGGCAGCUGAGCCAGACGCGAGGGGCGAGUCAGCUGUCUGAGCUCUACCUGCUGCAGGCUGCCCAGCUGUAUGCUGAGCUGCAGGGCAGCGAGGAGCUGGAGCUGGAGUCGGUGCAUGUGCUGCUGUGGCUGGCACAGGCCAUGGUCAGCAGGCAAAGGAUGGAAGAUGGCAAACUCUGUUAUGAACUUGCGUGUUUUGCCCUGAAGUGGCACAAUGUGAGGAGUCAGCUUCACGUCACUGAGGCACUCUGCCAUUUCUACAGCCAAGUGUGCCCCAGCCUCCAGGCCUGCAUUACCUACCACGAGCACUGGGUCUCCUUGGCACAGAAACUCCAGGACAGAGAGCUAGAAGGCAAUGUCCAGCAGACCCUCAGCCAGCUCUACCAGGCUUUACACACCCCUGAGGCUUUGAGACAGUCGCUGGACUGCACCAAACAGAGUCUGAGGAUCUUCAUUGACCUUGAGGAGACUGGCAAGGCAGCAGAGGCCUGGCUGCAGGCAGGAAGGCUGUACUAUCUCAUGCAGGAAGAUGAGCUGGUGGAAAUGUACUUUCAGGCAGCUAUUGAAACUGCUCUGAAAGCUGAGAACUUCUCCUUGGCCAUGGAUCUCUAUGAAAAAGCAGGCGAUAACUUUUUUAAUGGCAACCGGCACAGAGAUCGAGCAGUGGAGUUUUACAGGGGUGGUGCAGUGCCUUUGGCCAGGAAGCUACAGGCCAUUAAGACAGAGCUGCGGCUGUUCAAUAAGCUGACGGAGCUGCAGAUCGGGCUGCAGGGCUAUGAGAAGGCGCUGGAGUUUGCCACGCUGGCAGCCAGGCUGAGCAUCAGGGUGGGAGAUCAAUUGCAAGAGCUGGUUGCAUUCCACCGCCUGGCUACAGUCUACUAUUUUCUGCAGAUGUAUGAGAUGGCUGAAGAUUGCUACCUGAAGACACUCGCCCUGCAUCCCCCCAUGCUGCAGUGCUCUGGAGAAGCCCUGUACUACUGCAAGGUGUAUUGCCACCUUGGCAACCUGACCCUGCACAAGCUGAAGGAUGAACAGGACGCAGCAGCCUACUUCCUCCUGGCCCUCGCUGCAGCCACCGAGCUGGGAGAUGCGGAGUUGCAGGGCCUCAUUGGUGCCAAGCUGGCCAACAUCCCCAGAGCCCCACAGCAACCCGUGGACGUGCCAGGCUGUGCCACAUACCGGGCCAGGUGGCUGAGUGAAGGAGGCCACGUUGUCUGAUCAAAUGGACGUGUCACCACGAGAUGCUCAUGAUCCAUGUGCUCUCCAGGAGCAGCAGUCAGCAGAGGUCCUGCCACCGGCAGCGUUUUGGUUUCUUGUGCCCAUCAGAUGAGGAAGUUGGGACAGGGCUGUGCACAUGGCACUGCAGGCAGAGCGGGGCAAGAUGAGGCCCCAGCAGCUGGUGCUGGAGCAGGAGUGCAGCUGUGUGUGAUGGGGAUGGUAACAAGGUGCUGCCCGUCCCCACCUGAGCCUCUGACCCGAGCGUGUAUUAACUGGAAUAGUAGCUCUUUAUUGAUCCUGGCUGUUUUCUGUGCUGUCUGCUCCGUGCGGGUCUGUGCCCCGCACUGUGACACAAAGCACAGCCGCCCUUCGGCAGCGGGAGGCAGGGAUAGGGACGGGGAAACGCAGCGUUCGGGGCGGGGCAGGGCGGGGAAGGCAGCCAGGAGGCAGCGAGGCGGCCGCUCACCGCCAGGGAGCAACCGAGCCCCGCGAUUGCGGCUCGGACCGAAGGCUGAGCGGUGCUCCGGGCGCUGACAGCCAGCUGGGACUUCACAAAUGGACCUGUUGCAAGGCACCCCGUCUGACUUACGUGGCCCGCUGCUUGUAAAUGCUGAACGCAGAACAUUUAUUUCCUCGCUGCACUUCGAAAAUGCUGAUUUCAUUUUCCCCUUUCAAACUCUGUGAGCAUCUGUCACUGGGGCAGUGAAUACACGGCUUCUUUAUCGUACAUUCCUGCCAUUGGAGAACCUCAGCCCUAUGCUCAGAAGAGGUAAAUCUCUGUCCCAUAUGAAAUACGGUGAGGUUUUGGGGGAGGCAGUGCAAGGAAUCCCUCCGGCUCAUUCCAUGGGCUCAGAUCAGGUGCCCGCUGCUCACCCACAGAGGCCAGGAUCUGCACAGCUGCAUGCAGCCCAGCUGUGCACACAUCUAGUGCUCAGCACUGGCUUUGGGGACCCUGAAAUGAUGUCUGAGGUCACCACGAGGCUGCUGGCCUAGCACCCUCUGUGGUCCUACUUCCCCAAGGCUUCAGCUGCCGGUGCAUUGAGCAGUGCAGCACUGUGGGACAGGAACAGCAUGGGAGCACAGCUGCAUGGGGCCAUGCCCUCACAGACCCACACUAAAUGUAGGUCACUUUCUGUUGAGCACCAGUGAAAAAUAAGGGCUUUGUUUAAACAUAGAGGAUCUGUGUUUCAGCUGGUCUAAAUCAGCUAACCUCCAUGGAGUCAAACAUGCAGGGACUGUAGGUCUGGCCCACUGUUUUAACCAAAUGUGUGCUCUUUAAAUCACAGCAAAUGAUUCUGUGGUGCCUGGGGGAAAAGGAGACUCGCUCCUUGAGAACAUCCCAUAAAACACCAUUUUCCCUCCCCUUCAUCCACCAGCUCUCUCCUGCACAAAACUGGUCACUCACGCUGACACAGCAGCUCUGUUUUCGUGGAGAGAUGAGAGGUCAAGGUAGCAAGUACUAAUUAAACAUCAUAACAACACAG